CAUGUAGAUCUAAUUCAAAGACAAAACAAAGAGCAAGAACUAGAAAAGAAGAAGUAAAAAAUGAGUACCAAACCCAAGUACGUCUCUUCUGCCCUGCUCUUCUUCCUCUUCUACCAUCUCUUUCUUCACCAUUCACAAGCUCAAAUAGUAUCAAGACCAGUCACUGAAGGCUACACCUGCACAGCCAACCAGAGCAGCUAUCCAUGCCAAACCUAUGUCUUUUACAGAGCCUCGGCUCCUGACUUCCUUGACCUUGCCACCAUAGGUGACCUCUUCUCUGUUAGCCGCUUCAUGAUUUCAAAACCAAGCAACAUCUCCUCCUCAAACGCAACUCUCGUCUCUGGCCAGCCUCUCUUUAUCCCAAUCCCUUGUUCCUGCAAUUCUCCCAACACCACCAUGACCAUUUCUUAUGCCAAUCUCUCAGUCACAAUCAAAUCAGGUGACACUUUUUUCCGCCUCUCAAGCCGCAGUUUUCAAAACCUCACCACAUACCAAUCUGUUGAGCUUGUUAACCCUCAUCUUGAGGCUACCAACUUGACAAUUGGUGUCACUGCAUUAUUUCCGAUCUUUUGCAAGUGCCCAAACAGAACCCAGUUGCAGAACCAAGUCAAUUAUCUCGUCUCCUAUGUGUUUCAGCCUUCUGAUAACAUAUCAGCAGUUGCUUCACUGUUUGGGGUGCAGGCAAAAUCUAUAACUGAUGUUAAUGGCAAUAACAUUCAGCCUUUUGACACCAUUUUUGUACCAGUGACUCAGCUUCCAGAGCUUUCACAGCCUGAUGUUACUCCUUCUGCUGCAACUUCUGUGAAGACUGAGAGGAAAGGGUUAAUAAGAGGAUUGGCAAUUGCGUUGGGGAUCACUGGGUUUUUGUUGAUUUUGGUUGUUGGGUUUUCAAUUUACAGAGAUGGUAAGUUGAAAAAGAGGGUACGUAGGAAGGGAGAUGAGGAGAAGGAGAACCAGGUUCUGUAUAGGAGCAAGCAGGGAUCUAAGAAGUCAAAGGAAAUGGAGGUGAGUUUGAUGGCUGAUGUUUCAGAUUGCUUGGACAAGUACAGAGUGUUUGGAAUUGAAGACUUGAGAGAGGCUACAAAUGGAUUCAGAGAGAAUAGCUUGAUUGAAGGCUCUGUUUACAGAGGUUCCAUUAAUGGUGAGCUCUAUGCCAUCAAGAAGAUGAAGUGGAAUGCCUGUGAGGAGCUCAAGAUCUUACAAAAGGUAAACCAUGGAAAUUUGGUGAAGCUAGAGGGCUUCUGCAUAGACCAUGACGAUGAUUGUUGCUAUCUAAUUUACGAGUUUGUCGAAAAUGGUUCUCUAUAUUCAUGGCUGCAUGAAAACCAGAAUGAAAAAUUGGGUUGGAAAACAAGGCUGCGAGUUGCUAUUGAUGUUGCCAAUGGUCUCCAAUACAUUCAUGAGCACACAAGGCCAAAGGUUGUGCAUAAAGACGUCAAGAGCAGCAAUAUUCUCUUAGACUCAAACAUGAGAGCCAAAAUAGCCAAUUUUGGGCUAGCAAAGACUGGUUGCAAUGCCAUAACAAUGCACAUUGUUGGAACUCAAGGCUACAUUGCACCGGAGUAUCUAGCUGAUGGGGUGGUGUCAACAAAAAUGGAUGUGUUCUCUUUCGGGGUGGUUUUGCUCGAGCUUGUUUCGGGGAAGCCUGCCAUUGAUGAAGAUGGGAAUGUUUUGUGGGCAAGCGCUGGUAGGAUUUUGGAGGGGAAUGAGGAAGAGAAGGCAAGGAAACUGCAUGAGUGGGUGGACAGGGAACUUUUCUUGGAGUCUUGCUCAAUGGAAAGCAUAGUGAAUGUUUUGACUGUUGCCAUUGCUUGUGUGCAUAGAGAUCCUUCAAAAAGGCCAAGUAUGGUGGACAUUGUUUAUGCCUUGUGCAAGAGUGAUGAUCUGUUUUUUGACAUCUCCGAUGAUGGAUUAUCGGCUCCCCCAGUACGAGCGAGCUGGUGAAACAGGAUACGGAGUUUGACUUUAUAGCAGCAGAGAGAGUAUGUCAGAGUGACGACCAAAUCCAACAACUGACGGAAGCUUAUGAAACAAGUGGGGCAGAGAAAGUGGAAAGGACAGGACCCAGCUCUAGCCUCCCAGCUUCUAAAAACCCGACUGUUAACUUGAUUUGAAUUAUAUCAGCGAAGAAAUAAAAGGGUUGGAGGAACCUAAUAGCUGGGAAAGAGAAGCAUUAGGUGCCAAAAUUCUAAUUGAAGGCCCAUUAAAUUACCAAGAACACAGCAAGAGUAUAGGAAGUAAGAACUCUAUGGUCUUGUAGAUCACGUCACUUGUCCGGCACACACAGACAAAAAGAUUCGUAUAUUGAGAUUAGACCAGUAUGAAAUUCAA